AUGAGCGGCCCUUCACUCAAGGUCGAGAAGAUAUUCUACGAAGAAUCCAAGGUUUCUCCUGUGGAAUCCCAUUCUUCAAGGCCUAUUUGGAAUGAUCAGAUCUCUCGUUCUGUAGCAGAAAUUACUCAAGAGCAAUUAUGGAACGGUCUUUCAUCUUUGUAUGAUUCAAACGAAGAUUUGAAGGCUGAAGCAGCGUCUUUGGAUCCGACCUCGAGAGAUCCAAAUGCACGCGACAAUGGAGAAUUGUUGGAUGGCUUACUCGACACUUUCAUAAACGGCGCGAACAAGGUUCUCGACGAACUGACUAUCAUUGGCAACGCACAUCCCAUUCUUGCUAUUGCUAUUUACGCAUUCCAUGAAGUUAUCAAGUUGGACAUUGCAAGGAGGGAAAAUAACAAAAAAGUGCUUGUAGUGGUGUUGGAGAUGCAAAAUAUGUUGGGGCCGAUGUUCCAGCUGCGCAACCUGGAUCACAACCACAUGCCCCAACGCGAAAAGGAAAUUCACGAAAAAAGGCUAAAGGAAAUUGUUGAACAAAUCACCCAGGAUAUCAAAGUUUGCCGAAGCGAUAUUACUCAUUUUAUAAACCGCAAAUUUGUUUACAAACUUGUUCUCGCGAAAGGUUACGAAAGAAAGUUUGCCGGUCAUAUCGAAACCUUUCUACGCCGUCGAAACGAGCUGCAGACUGUCAUCUCAGAGUACACGGCCAUAGGGAUCAGCUCAGCAAAUGUUGCGUUGGCUGAGAUUGGAAAGAAAGUUGAGGUGGCCGACGAGAAGCUAGACAAGAUCGCCGAAGUUUUAUUUCGCGGUCUCGAUACUCCACGCGAAAAAGAUGUAUUCAAAUUCAUGCAACAACACGGAGGUCCUGAGAAAUGUGUCAAUGAUCUCGACCUCCUACCCAAGCUUAUCCUGAAAGCUGGCGAAUCUACUAAACCUGGAAAGGUUACUGUUACGAAUAGGGCAGAAUUAGAGGAGAUUCGGAAGGAGCUAAGUGAAGCUUUGAGUGAAGAUCUGGACAAGGUGUUGGAUAAACACUUCCUUCGAUUCGAGAAGGUUUUGCAGGUUCAGAAUAACAACAUGAAACGCAUGGCGUCGCACCUGGAGAAUCAGGGAGCAAUGAUGCAAACGCAAGCUUCUCAGUUGGGACAGAUACUCGAUACUGUGACAACAAUCAUGGUCAUGGAAGAGGGUAAGUACAGAGCGAAGGCAGUCAAGCUCAAAGACCCAGAAAUUCAACGUGUGUGGACACAGAUGAACCUUACCAGUGUAGUUAAGGCGAAGGUCUUUGUUUUGACAUUCCGUGAUCAUAUUCGCCUUGAUCAUUCAUCUGCUCCUACUCCCAGCAUAGGCACUCCGAUUCCUUAUACAUCCCAGCUGCCAGAGGAACAUGUCAAUUCCCUACUACGUACACCGAUCAGCGUUACGAGUUCCGUAUAUCGCCCUCCUUUGAAGAUGACAGAAUCAAAUAGGGACCUCCACACCCUUCAACUAGCCAUGAAUUCCAUCGAUGCACAGGAAUCAUCGGCGUCUCAACGUUUGCCUCUUCACUCAGAAAAUGGUCGGGUGAUCACAAAUGAUACCCCAUCGGUCAAUGUCAAGGAAAGGUCGCAGAAUGGACCUGAAAUGCCAACACCUGCUCUGGGCUUGACAAUUUCAGACACAACGGAACUCCAGCCUCUUGCAGCUAUGCCUGAGCCUCAGAUACACCCUCAUCUAGAACCCACUCAGAAACCUUCUCUUCCUGUUAACACGGGCAAUAAAUCCGAUGACUGGGUGUUGGAAUACAUAGAUGCAGCCUAUGUCAAGCCGAUUGUAGAGGCCAUGGAUGAAGACGGAUCGGGUUUCAUCAGCGUUCAGGAAGCCAAUAGGUUUGCUCUCGCAAGGCCAGCAGGAAUGAGCUUGUUGCACUGGAUGGCAUAUUGGGCAGCCGGGUGGCAUAUCAAUCUCGCAAAGUACCAGAAAGAGAUCUACACUGUUUUGCUUCAAAUCAGCGAUAUCGUUCCGCGCGUUUUGGUCACAAACAGUAUCUAUGUAGAUGACUAUCUGGAUGUUCCUAUUCUAACACGAUUGGAUGCCCUCUUGCGCUCCAUCAGGCCCGUUCCAGACAAUGUGAGGAAGGACCACAAUUUGAUAGAAGUUGCGAAUAUAAUGGCAUCACUGCAAAUGGAACGUUUGAGAACAAACCUUGCCGAUAUGGGACACGUCAUCGAGUCCAGUCUCGAUGCCACCACUAUUGCUGGCGGAAGUUCGAGAGUGGAGACUUGGAUUCUUCCGUUGGUCCUGUUACUCCUUCAGCGCCAUCGAGACGUUCUUCGUUUGGCAAAAACCGUCGUUCUGGACCCUCGUGAAUUUGACGCGCAUGUGCAGUCACUAAUGUCCGUGUUUUCUGUUUUUGACGAACGCAUAGAAUACCUUGAAGCGAGGUUUCGUCAAUUGCAUAGCGAUAUCGACGCACAGUUCCACAACUUUGCAUAUGGAAUGUUCUUUGCAGCUUAUAAAAAGGAUGAGUUCAACACCUAUGACCACACUCUUCUUUCAAAAGUACGCGAACUAUGGCGUCCAGACGAUGUCCCCAACAAACCUGGUGUACUACCCGACACAUCGAUCCUGACGAAGCCAAUUGGCGAAACCUUCAACCCUGAUGACCCGAUUAUUGACGCAACGGCUCCUCUUCCGGACGGUUAUGUUUCUCAUCCGAUAGAAGGGGAAUGGUCUGGCUGGUUCCAGCCUUCCGAAGGCACACCAUACUACCUACGACCUCAUCGUUGUGUCAUACAUCCAAUCGUCGACAACAAAUUGGUUGGCCGCGCGGAAGCAUUUUGCGGUGCUGUCGACAUACACGGGACUGCAGAGCGAGUACAAACCCAGCCUUCAAGUGCUGACCUCAGGGUCGAGUUUUACUUCUCGCCCGAAAACAGUCGGUAUGGGCAGCAACUUUGUCGGGGCACCUACAAUGCGGAGAAGGAUAUUAUUGAGGGCACCUAUACAUGGUUCUGGCCAAGCACUCCCGUGCAAUUGGGUGUCGCUCCUCAGCCUUUUUUUAAUGGCAGCGACAUGGAAGGUGCUCCUGCAGUUGGGGUCAGUAUGGACGAAAACCUGGAAGCUGGUGUCAACACUCUUGUAAGACCGCCCCCUUCCAACGAUUUUACACCACUCUUAGACACCGAGCCAUCGCAGGAUGUUCAAACACUUGAGUUUAACCAAGUUGAGACUAUCUUACAAGUCAAAUCACCUCUUGUUAAUGUAGACGGGGGCAAUCAUGAUCGAAGCUACACAGGUUUAGAGGUUGGACCUCCGGUUACGUUUGAUCCUCAGACUGCUAUCAGCGAAGAUCGGAUAGACGGCCGUUUUGUCCUUUCUCGGAUUCCGAUUCACCUCUUACGCUUCCGGUACCUCCUCGACGGUUCAGGUGUGCCCCCAUGUUGGAGAGUUUGGCCACUGGCUCGCAAGCGCUGGUCAUUCGCCAUUGAAGCCAUACUUCACCAGACGCGGUGGCGCAUUAACUCAUCCAAAGUAUUCAACCAGGCCCUAGCUGAGCGUCGCAAGUGGAUUUACCUCAGCAUGCGCUGGUACAUAGCGAACCCUGAUCCGGCUCGCGGCGGAUGGUCCCCAUUUGAGCCUUUGAGCCGCAAUGACUGGGAAGCAUACGAAACAUUGGAAUCUUAUGUACCUCCUACGAACGCACGACUCUACGAAAGAACUGCCCAUUACCUGGCGAGACGUGAAGUUCAUAUCAUGCCCGUAGGCCGACUUCCUUGUGACGUAUGCAACUGGGAUCUGUGCUUUAGGCGUCAACAAUGCAUUUAUUGCAAAGACGAUCAUUUGCUAUUAGAUCACCGCGACGUCGAUAUAUGUUACAAUUGUAUCGAUAAACCUGUUCCAUUCCGAGAGGUUACUCACAGCAAAUCACAUUCCCUUCUCCGGUCACCCUACCGCAUUCAUAAGUAUGAAUACAAGAAUGUCAUCGCUGAAGCUAGAUUUAUAUCUGCAAGGGUGAAAAAUAUGUUCCGGGCACAAGAGGAACAGCGCAACGAGUUGAACAAGCAUCAUCACCGGAGAGGCGGCAGAGGGAAGAAGGGCAAACUCGGAAACGAUACAGACAGAAAGACAUCGUCUACUGAUUCCGACCCCAUCUAUUGCGCAUGUUGUGCCGAAACAGUUUCACUACCUUGUUGGGUCUGCAUAGUAUGUUCGCCGUACGUGUUCUUCUGUUCUCGAUGCGAAAGGAACAAUGCAUCAGUUACAAAUUGGGCCGCUUUCUACCAUUCCAAAAAGGAGCACCAGAUCCUACGAAUUUUUGAUACUGUGGAAGUUAAAGUCUUCAGAGACGGGAAUAACGUUGGAGUGCAACUCGAAGAAAUCAACACGACAAUUUCGUCACUCGAGAAAAAAAUCAAUAAGCAAUUGCAAGAAGGCAAAGAAACAAAAGGGGUGGUAGAUGAAAUGGCGAAGAAAGUAGGAAUAAGCUGGUCAGACGAACACUCUAAUUUGCAGAGCUUUGCAGAGGGGGCCGAAUCGUCCUCCUAUGAUCAUGGGAUUGCUGCUGAUAGCGCUCGGAUAACUGGCAUUUCCACACCGACUGAUGUCGAAGGCACUACGACACAGCCCUUGGAGUCAUUACACGAACGUAUAACGGGCAACGGAGUAAACCAAUCCGAACUGGAGCGAAGGCUGGAAAUUUUGGAGGCCAAGCUCGGCACUUCAAAAUCCAAACAUGAGAAAGAUAUUGGGGUCAAAAUUGACGCCUUGGAGGCGAAAAUGGAUGAAUUGUUCAUUCUCAUUCAGCCUACUACCCCAAUACUACUCGCUAUGCCGGACAUUCUUCGAGAUUCUACCGUUGGCUUGAUUAUCAACACACUGUCCAAAGGACGUCUUUUGCCUUUCGCUGAUCAAAAAAGAGGAUGGUUACCCCCAGCGCAUUUCGUAUCUCCGCCUCCAUCAUUUGCUUCUGCUGAUGAAACACCAAUAAAAGAGCCAGAGAGCGUUGUGGUAAUACCCACAGAGGAGACUCCGGAAAAAGGCGUGGUAGUAGAUCGAUCUCCAUUGGACUCACCACUGCCUCCGCCCCCACCCAUAUCUUCAUCAAGUGGGAAGAAGUCUCCCGAUGUGGUUGUCGAUGUCGUUCCCGAAAGUGUGAUGGCAAAGAGUUUCGACCCAAACCUAGUGACAUGGUACGAUGACAAUGACCAGGACAAUCCGCAGAAUUGGAGUCUGGCAAAGCGAAUUCUGGUCCUUUUCUGGAUUUCUCUUCUCACUUUCAGCAUAUACAUCGGAUCAGCUAUUUAUACACCAUCUAUCCCCGGAGUAACAGAGCACUUUGAUGUGUCGUUGACCACUGCAACUCUAGGUCUUUCCCUAUACGUUAUCGGUUACGGUAUUGGACCAAUCCUCUUUAGCCCACUUUCAGAACUGCCGUCGGUUGGUAGAACGCCGGUUUACAUGGCUACUUUAUUCGUAUUCGCCAUCCUUCAAAUUCCAACCAUCUAUGCUCCUAACAUUCACACGUUACUUGCCAUGCGUUUCUGGGCUGGAUUCGUUGGAUCUCCCGCAUUGGCAACAGGGGGUGCAUCUAUUCAAGACAUAUUUUCGCCCAUGAAGCUGCCAUACGUAUUCAUAGUUUGGAGCUGUGGAGCAGUCUGUGGACCUGUUUUGGGGCCUGUUAUUGGAGGGUUUGCUGCCCAGAACAAAGAUUGGCGAUGGCCUAUUUUCGAACUCCUGUGGUUGUCCUCAUUCACCUUCAUCGUUCUCAUGUUAUGGCUUCCGGAAACAAAUGCCGAAACUAUCCUGCUGAAGCGUGCCAGACGCCUUCGUGAACGCACUGGAAACUUAAAUCUGUAUAGCGAAAGUGAGCUCAAGCAAGCUCAUAUGAGUGGAUCGGAUGUUGUUUUCGAGGCGCUUCUUCGACCAUUCCAGCUUAUGAUAGAACCGGCGGUUUUCUACGUCAACGUUUACCUAGCAUUGGCGUAUGCCAUUUUUUACCUAUGGUUCGAAGCCUUCCCUCUUGUUUACGACGGUAUAUACCACUUCAAACUCGGACAAUCAGGGCUUCCCUUCAUUGGUCUGAUUGUCACAUGUAUACUCACAAGUAUCGGUUAUAUCUGCUGGAACUACUAUUACGUCGAGCCACGAUUUAAGGAAACAGGUUCGAUGGAACCAGAAUCACGGCUUGCGGUGUCGCUUGUGGCUUCGGUCUUUAUCCCGAUAUCCUUGUUUAUGUUCGGAUGGACUUCAAGAUCCAGUAUUCACUGGAUAGUCCCUACCAUUGGCGCCGCUCUAUAUCUUCCUGGGCUUUUCCUUUUGUUCCAAAGUGUACUGGUAUAUUUACCCAUGUCCUAUCCCACAUACGCCGCAUCCGUACUUGCAGGAAAUGACUUGUUUCGCUCUUGUGUGGCCGGCGCUUUUCCGCUGUUUGGACGAGCAAUGUACCUGAAGCUAUCAAUAGCUGGUGGAUGUUCAUUACUGGCCGGCCUCUCGAUCGUCUUCAUCCCAGGGUUGUGGUUUCUGUAUAAGUAUGGCGCUCGUAUUCGAGCGCGUUCAAAAUAUGCGUGUCAUGUGUAA